CAUAUAUUGCUAACCCCAGAUAAUUCAUAUAAUUGUAUUUUUUUUAUUAUUAUUAAAAGAAUCUUUCAUCCAUGAAAUUAUGUGUAUAUAUACCCUUUUCUGUAUGUUCUAAGUUGUGUAUUCCUUCAAGUUUUUCAUGUUUGUAUGAUAUUAAGGUAGAAGAUCUCUAGUAUUGCAAUCUGUUCGCAGUUAAAAUUUUAACAUUGUUAUUGUUCUAAAGAUUAAUGGAUUCUGUUGUGAACUUCAAUGGAGCCAAGUAUGAUUGCCUACUUUUUGAUUUGGAUGAUACUUUGUACCCACUGAGUUCUGGAAUCAACAAAGCUUGCAGAAAGAAUAUCGAAGAAUACAUGCUUAAAUACUUAAAUAUAGAAGAAAGUGAGGUACCAAGGUUAUGUUUAGAGCUAUACAUAGAAUAUGGCACAACUAUGGCUGGUCUCAAGGCACUUGGAUAUGAAUUUGACAAUGAUGAAUUUCACCAAUAUGUUCAUGGAAGUUUACCCUAUGAAAAAUUGAAGCCUGAUCCUGUGUUGAGAAACCUUCUCCUCUCGACUCCCCAACGCAAAAUUGUAUUUACGAACUCGGACAAGGCACACGCAGCUCGCGCACUCAGAAAACUCGGGCUGGAAGAUUGUUUCGAGGGCAUAAUAUGUUUCGAGACACUCAAUCAACCAGACAAUCCAUCCUCAAAAUCGCGUAUUUUGUGCAAACCUUCAGUUGAAUCUAUUGAAGCUGCUAUUAGUAUUGCCAAUUUGGAUCCUAAAAGAACAAUAUUCUUUGAUGAUAGUGUCAGAAACAUUGCAAGUGGAAAAGCAGCUGGACUUCACACAGUUAUUGUCGGAAGAUCAGAGCUGGUACCCGGAGCAGAUUAUGCAUUACGGAGCAUCCACAACAUGAAAGAAGCACUUCCCAAAAUCUGGGAAAUGGAAGCGAAGGAGCGCCAUGAUCAAGUUCUUCAGUCCGCUACUGUUGAAACCUUUGUACAAGCAUGAUCGCGUUGGCACACGCCACCAUCCAAACGCCCCUGAGAAUGUUGGAUUUAUGUAAAAGGCAUCAUCAGGAGGAGAGGGAGGCAGAAAGGCCAAGUUUAUAAAACAUUUUAGUUUUAAUAGUAAGAUCAUGACAAAAUAUAAGUAAAUUGUAACAGCUUAGCUUGAAAAGCUUGAAUAAGUGUUCACUGUCAAGGUGUAUAUGAAGCAUUGCAGUGAUUUCUGUUGAUCUAGUAAAAAUUAUGAAACAUGUUGUAACAUGUAACGAACUGGUCAAUUGGAAAUAAUUGCUUCGUUAUUUUAGCCAACAACAUUUCAUUAUUCCAA